AUGAACCGAAGUACAUACGGGAACUUUAGAGCGGCAUUCAAAAGAGUUAGAGGGAUUCAUAUUGCACCAAACAGAGGGUUCAGACCGAGCUCCCGCCUUGGCUCCGCACCAGAACCGCAUUUAUCGAAAGAACACGACCUGAAAGAGGUCUCAGAUACCGAAUGGGAACUUAGAGCAGGUCGCGCCAUUUCCGUCAUUCGAGAAACGAUGCCAGACUUUUUCAAGCUCGGACUGGUUGAGCGUACGACGGAAGAUGACGGCAGCGAGUCUAUCUAUUCUCCUCGGAUACAGUUGUUAUACACACCACCCACAAGACUACCCCCGUUUCCGCCAACACUUCAGAUUGAAGGACUGCCGAUGUACCACGCGUCGAGUAUGUUUGUCCGGCACACUCUCAACAUGUUUUACACAAAUUUAUCCGUGGAACUGCGACGACUACAGGAGACCAAGGUCGGCCACCGCGACCGUAGAUUCACGCUUGGAAUCGGCGUACUAGGCACGAGUAGGAUGGGUGGUUCUGCAGCCGAAUGGGACGUAUCUUCAACGUACUACAUCUCGCCAGUCUCAGGGCUUGUGUAUAGGCAUGUUGUUGAAUCAAUCCACCCGGCGCCGCAUAGUUCCAUCUAUUCCUCACUCGCCUCCACUCUAGCACGACUUUCUGGCUUCAAGACCAGUCCUGAACCCGCGGUUCCGGGGGCGAUUCCCGCGGUCAAGGAUAGUCGCCAAUAA